AUGGACAUAUCCACCAAUUUUGGAUGGAGGGCAAACGAUAAUAGACAAUCCUCUUACGGCGUUCGGAGAAACAUCGUUAGUCUCAUUAGGCGCUUCUUUCCCUUCCACCACGUCCUCCCUCGGCAUGUCAGAGAUUUAUGGCUCGUCGUACCAACUCCAGGCGCCAUAUUCUUUAUCAACCCUUCCUCUCCCCUCAGAGACCACGACUCUUUCCGACCCAUCUUUGCAGAUGCUAAUUUAUUGUCCUUGGAGGCAAAGAGAUUCUGGUAUUCCAUUGUCGCAUCAAAACCUUUAUCAGAACUAACUCUUGUAGGCGGUGAAGAUAAGCUUUCGCACAUUCGUAGUAGAUGGAUCAACCCGUUAUUCAGACCUCCGAAUAGAACAGUCUCCGUGAACGAAGCCUCGGCCAGGUUCAUGACGCAGGUUCUAAAGUGUUACCCAAAGAUGAUGGCUAGGGACGGCACUUUACCACCGAUCAUUCAUCGGCUACAAACUACGUCUAGAACCACCCCUACGCCGCUUGUGGAUUGCCUAGCUUGGACAAAGAUGUGGGAACACAGAACAGGAAACCUGGACGCGAUGUUAUUGAAUGCAAUGCGAGGCGAGGUUGAGAGGCUGUAUAAGAAUCAUCGCUCAUAUGAACAGGUCGACUUGUUAGCGGCGUUACAAGCAAGCUUGAUCUACUCGAUUAUGAUAUGUCUCGACUCCAAUACUACGGCGAAAUAUGGCACCCAACUCGUAUUAGGCCAGCUUCAAGAGAUGACAUAUCGUCUACUGUCUAUGACAGAAUUUCCCAGGGCCGACAUUUCUAGCAAGGUUCCUGACCGCGAGUUGUGGGCAAUUGCUUCCGCAGCACAGCGAACAGUAUUAGCGAUAUACGUCUUCGACUGUGUCGUCUGCUUUCUGAACCGCAUACCAGUUUACUCCUGUGAUGAGCUCGACUUCAUCCCAGCUCCGGUGUGCAGACGGUUAUGGGAGGCUCGGGAGUAUGAAACAUGGAGGGAAGAGUAUGGAAAUUGGUUCAAGGUGUGGAAGGGCAGGGAAGUACUAAUGGGGGAAUUACUGAUACAACUUACGGAGUCAUACGCCUCUAAGCGGGUGGAAGAGUGGCUUAGUGAGGCUGAUGAAUUUGGGAUGUUGAUAUUCACGGGGUCACUGCUAUCUGUAAACAGUAAGUAA